UACUUGCUGGCAAUGGAGGGUGAAGAAGAUCAGGGACGGGCGCCGGGGAUAUCCUUUUAUAAUUUGGAUGCUUUUAGUUUGGACAAAAGUGCAAAUACUGGCCCACCUCCUCUUGAGCACGUUACUAGUACUUGUCAUGGUUCGGAGAGCAAGAAGUCCAUGUUGGAGGACGACAAAUCAUGCAAGGAGCUACGACAUGGAGUUGCAGGAUCCCAGCCAGCUACAAGAACAUCUGCUUCCCCCGCGGCCACAAGUAGACCAACCACAGAGGUGGGUCGUGACAGGAAAUUUUGGUGCAAACACGCAACCAUCCUCGCCGGGAAGAUUCUCGCGGCACCACUGUGCGCUCUGGGCCUGGUCCCGCUGGCACACGCCUGCCCCGCCUGGGGAUGCACGCAGGCCACGUGCCCGGCCACCGCUGCCGCACUGCACGCCCAGAAUUGUGUCCUCCCGUGCGGGGGCUACAAGAUGACCGGUCCGUGCUUGGCAGGCGUGAUGGCCGCACAGAACACUUGCGUGGAGGCCACCGCCCUCGGCGCCCAGGCCCGCGAGUUCGCCCCGAAAGCGUGGGCGUUACGGAAAAAAUUGCUGACGGACAGCGACGAGGUGGAACUACGACAAAGAGCAGGACGGAAAAUAAACGGAAUAGAGGACAAAGACGAAUCGAGAACGAGAUCACCCGGCCACGACCCUUCUCCCGAUCAUGAGCCAUUGGGGACGAGUUGUAUCCUGAGUGAAAACCACGCUCUCCGUGCGCCAUAGUACUCAAGUAUAGGGACCACGUGGCUACACAAAUAAGCCAGAAGCUUUGGGACUCCCACAGGACAAGUUAUUGGCUGUUUUGUUGUAAGUGAAGGUUCGCUGCAAGAAGGACAACCGCAACCGGAUCAGAAAGCGAUCUCCUCAACAUCCUGUUUACAGCAUUACAGAUUCCAAAAAACGAGAACUGAAAGUGCUUCCCAUGGGGAUGCCGCGCAUUACAAGUGUAGUUCCUGUAAAAUAAUAAUUUGCAAAUCUGCAGGACGAGAACUAUGGGGCGGGGACUUUUUUGCUCAGGAUAAGAACGAGAAACAAGCUGAAGUCCUUCGAGGAAUUCCUACAGCGCCGCUUUCAACUUGAAUUUCUAGGCGAGCGAGACCCGACAGGAGCCGCGAUAGUAGAGAUUGGCAGAGGUGGUGGAGUACCGGGACCUCGUUGUAGUGCUCCACUGCAACAAGAAAUGCUGCUGGGUCCACCUCACAAGCAGCAAGAUGAAGCACCAGCGGCAGCUGCUCGCGUCGGAGAACGUAGUUCACGAGAAAAUAAAUCUGCGCCUUUGAAGAUGUCCUCCGACAGUGUUGGAGGAGGUGUGGGAGUACUAUCCUGUAGAAAAAGCACUUUUACAUCUACAUCUACCCUCCGCACGAAAGACCGCGUGUACGACCGCAUUCUCAGAAGCGUGGAUAAACAAAAUCUCCCUUACCUGCAGCGCGAAAGCUACUACUUGCAGAAAAGAAAUGCUCGCGCCGGUUCCCGUAGUACUAGCUUCGAAGAUUCUACUGGAGCUGAAAUUGGUAUAGUGCCAAGGGAGAUGGAAAUGAAUCGAGAUCGUGCGAAGAUGGAAAUAAACCCAGCACUGGGAAAUAUAGCAAAUACGAUGAACACGACGAGGACAAGCUGUAUGAACCCCGGCGAGAGCACCGACAUCAACGCCGUAGCUGUAACGCCGCCGGCGCAGCAGAGCAUGACCACAUUUUUGCACAGCGCGCCAGCAUCCUCGCACCUGUCCGCUGAUCAUGUCCCCUACGCGGUCGGGGACACUUCUACGCAAGAGUUUUCGCAAGGCGCAUUGACGGCCAACAGUGAACAAAUAGACGGUGGGCUCAGCUUACCCACAUCAACCAUUUUCGCUAGAAGUGCCUCGUCUGUGUUUGAAUUUCCCACCAUUCCGCAUCCACCCGGUGUGGACGCAGCGGAUGAAGGCGCGGAUAGUACUACAACACGGGGAAACGCCGAGUCGUUUUCUGCUGGUGCAGGAGAUGUGCAAGAACACCCGGCUACACAAACGGGGUCGUUGAACCACGACCAGGCGCACCAUCCCACAGCCUCAGCGGAUGCGGGUGGGCUACGUCUUGGAAGGAAUAAAGUAGAAGUAGAACCAGUAGGCGCAGGCGAUCUUUUUGCAGCUGCUUCUUGUGCUGCGGAAGAUGUCGCACAUCAUCCUGUGCAGCUUUUUUUCGCGGAUGAUUCAUGCAGCGGCUCUUGUUCUUCUUUGCGAGGAGCAAAAUUAUCGACGACGCUCUCUGCGGCAAGUGGAGCAGCAGAAAAAUCACGGUCGCAAGAAGCUGCUGGUGCUGCGGCAGCAGCCACAGCUGCCCCCGGGGGCGGCGCACGCCCCCCGGCACCAAGUUGUGUCGAUUGGCAGAAGGAGAUACACGCCCACUGGGCCUCGCUCACCCUGGUCGAGAAAACCCGGGCUGUUCUCGAGGCCAAUGCCUUGAUCGAAAAGCGCGCGCAGGCGAAUAUGGCCUUGGGAAACGCGUGGAUGCUGCCAGCAGUGCGGGGCGAGAACAACGAGGACCUUGGGGCGGUCGACCGAAAUGCUGCAAGACCCACUAGUACUCGUUGUUGUCCACCUCUACAACGAGCAGCGAAGAAGAAGACGGGAGAAACAGAAAGCAAGGACAUCAUCACGAAAACGAGCAACCUCAGUGUUACUCCCAUAACGCACCCCCUUGCUCACAAAUGA